CAUUGUGGUAGUGGCAGCACCUAGUGUGUCUGCAUGCUUUCAUUUGUUAAUCCUAAGAAUUGGGAAGCGAAAGGACUCACCUCGUCUCACUAUAAACACUAGUGACAAAGUAUUGGAAUCUCCAGAAAUUAACACUGAUCUCUAUUCAGCCGUGUUGAGAUCUUGGAUCUACGUCAGGCCUGGUGCAACCCCGUUCUACUGCUCUGUAAAUUCCUCGUCUCCUGCCUCAGCCCCUGGGCCAUGGUACAUCACAGCGUAGCAGCUACAAUAUGAGCGUAACUCCAUCCACCACCCUGGACAGCCAGCUGACUUCUACCUGGGGCCCUUCCAACUCCUACCCUGAUGUUCCGAUGGUGUUGUCUGGUUACACGGGUCGCCUGUGGCCUCGUGACUCCCAGCCUCAGUACUGGAGUAAGUACCAGGUGUGGGAGUGGCUGCAGCAGGUCAUGGACAUGCACCAGAUCGACGCCUCCAGCAUCCCCUUCCAAAACUUUGACAUUGACGGCCAUCAGCUCUGCAGCCUGAGCUACCAGGACUUCAUCCAUGCUGCCGGCAGCGUGGGACCCAUUCUCUUCCACAGCAUCGCAGAGCUCAAGUGGAGCGGGCCGUAUCAUGUCGACAUAGGGCAACUUGAUCUCAAACCAGAAUUAGACUUCUCCUGUCCAUUUCCAGACGUCAGCUAUCCACCUGGAGAAAUCUACGAUCCCUUGAUUCACCCGCUCGCCCCGGUUGCCUCCCCAACCCCAAGCUCCAGCCCUGAUAUCAAAAGGUCUUUCAGUCGUCAGGUCAAAAAACACAACCCAAGGGGGACCCACUUGUGGGAAUUCAUCAGGGACAUUCUGCUGAACCCAGAGCGAAACCCAGGGCUCAUCAAGUGGGAGGAUCGGACAGAGGGGGUUUUCCGUUUCCUCAAGUCGGAAGCGGUGGCACAGCUAUGGGGCAAGAAGAAGAAUAACAGCAGCAUGACCUACGAGAAGUUGAGCCGGGCAAUGAGAUAUUACUAUAAAAGAGAAAUCCUGGAGCGAGUAGAUGGACGCAGACUGGUUUACAAGUUUGGAAGGAACGCAAGAGGAUGGAGGGAGUCGGACUAGUGCCAAUUUCAUUAAUUUAUGUGUUCCUUGAUGUUGUAUGCAAAUGUGAUGUUUUUAUUGUAGUUUUUUCAUUAGCUGUGUUUGAUAAAAAAAAUAUGUUUGAACUGUUUACACUAUGUUGAUAAUUGUAUGUUGUUUUUUCUUUAAAGCCAUCCCUUUGUUGUGACACUGCACUGAGAUGCUCAUUACUGUGCCUUAUUAAAUAAAAUGUGCUUAUUGUGCCAGCAUGACAGCAGUCAAACCACACGUGUGUGUGUUAACAUGAGAUCUUACUGAAGGAUAAGAUAUCAAAAACUGCUAAUAUAAACAUUUUAUAUUCUAUUUUCUUACACUUUUUCAGACAUUACAAGUCCCAAAGGAGUACAUGUUGAUAGCCUUCAAAACACACGUGGCAAACAGAUGUAUGUUUUGACACUGUAGAUACUGUGAAAUGUCCUUUGAGAAGGAUGCUUGAUCACUGCAGAGAAAAACACAUAAAAUAAUAAUAAAACAAUAUCCUAUAAGCGCAAUGCAGCAAUGAAGUACAAGAAUCCAUAACCAAGUGAUGAAUAUUUACAACAACGUAGCACAAUGUCUUAUUUGGUUCAUUUCAUACGUUGCAUUCAUUGAGCUGUAAAGAAAGUGUGUACAUGUUUGUUGAUGUUUGAUAUAAAUAAAGCUCUUUGUUGUUUUUA